AUGAGUGUCCGGAGGUUCCGUGAGCAGAUCGGCCUGAAGGUGGUGCGGGCCCUGAAGUUCCGGGAGCAGAUCGGUCUGAAGGUGGUGCGGGCCCUGAAGCGGGAUAGUGACGCUGUGACACACGCGGCGCUGGACAUGCUGGCCGCCCUGCUGCAGCCGAUGCACGCCGACUACGACCUGAAGCAGGAGCAGCUGAACAAGACCAGCCUGCUCAGCUCCAAGGUCUUCCUGGAGAAGCUGCUGGACGUGUGGUCUGCUCACGUGCGUCAAGGCACCGGCGCGCUGGUGGUGUCGGCCUUCCUCGACUUCCUGACGUACGGCCUGUGCGCGCCGUACAGCGAGACCACCGACGGCGCCCAGUUCGACAGCCUGCUGGAGCUGGUGGCCGGCCGUGGGCGCGCGCUCUUCCGGCUCUUCCUGCACCCGUCGCUGGCGAUCGUGAAGGGCGCCGGCCUGGUGAUGCGCGCCAUCAUCGGCGAGGGCGACGCCGCCACCGCCGAGCGCAUGCAGGACCUGGCGCUGGCGGAGGGCGCGCUGCCGCGACACCUGCACACGGCCCUGUUCACGCAGUCGGCCGACGGCCGGCUGCUGACGCACCGCCAGCUGAGCCGCCAGCUGAUCACGCUCUGGUGCACCGGACACCAGACGGCCUCCGACCUGCUGGCGCGUACCGUGCCGCCUGGCCUACUGUCGUUCCUGGACUCGGACGAGGCCGUGCCGGCCGACGACGUGGAGCGCCUCAACACGCGGGACAACCUGCAGCUGGCCAACGAGCAGACGGGCCGGCCGCUGAACCCGCACCUGCGCGCCAUCAACCAGCAGCUGCGAUCCGCCGAGAAGUUCGUCGAGAAGCACGUCGAGGUGGCGCUGCAGCACUGGCGCACGCGCAUGGGCUACGAGAAGACGGCCGAGGAGCGGGUGCGCGAGCGGCCGGUGGUGCUGCGCCGGCGCCGCGAGCGCGUCAAGUCUGAGAAGAACUGGCGCCUCUUCUACUACCAGUUCGGCCGCGACCACGCGCUGCCGCACCUCAUCUGGAACUUCAAGACGCGGGAGGAGCUGCGCGAGGCGCUGGAGAACGAGAUGCGCAACUUCGGCACCGACCGUGACCUGGGCGGCGGCGUCGACAUCUCGUGGAACCACACGGAGUUCGAGGUGCAGUAUCACUGUCUGCAGGAGGGAGAUCCAGAUCGUUUCGAGUUCUUCAACGACCUGUACCAACCACCGUUUCUCCUGCUGACGCCCAAGGUUCCGAUGAAGUGCAUGUGCCUGCAGGCCAUGGCCAUUGUUUACGGCCGCCACCACGCCGAGAUCGGACACUUCGGCGACACCAAUGCACGGACCGGGCUGAGCGCGACCCGGCUGAUCCUGUUCAUCAGCAAGCUGAUCCUGCACCAGCGCAACGUCAAGGACGUGCUGGACGCGGGCGGCGUGAAGCUCAUCACCGUACAGCACACGCCCUUCAGAGAUUCGGUGGACCGAGACGUGUAG